AGUUAUCACAUUUCUCGGAGGACAAGUCAAGUUUCGUUCGGAGGUUGAAGAUGGAAUAAAAUGACCAAACUUCUACUUCUCCCCCACACCCCGAACACGGCACUUGCGUAUAACAACUCAUCCAGGGGAAUCCAUCGGUACUGGGCAGUGCCGUUAUGAGACUACCACACGAUUAUCAUCCGUUAUGGUGGUUUUCGGCGCUGUGAGGUUGCAUGGGUUAGGGAACCGCCAGCCAACCCGUCUCCAUGGUAUGGACAAUGGCUUGUCUCACCUGUUCCUUCUUGCUCCUUUGUGUCCAUUUUCCAUUUUUUUCCUUUUUUCGUAUUUCCUUUUACCUCUUCUCUGCAGUACUAGUACUAGUACGAGUACAAGCACCUUGUAACGUUUAAGCUUAAGCCUAAGUUGGGCCGCGGUAUAAGGCCCGCUCUGUCCUCCUCUACCGGUAUCCUGUUUUUGAAUGGUUGAAAAAGCUCAUCAACGCGCCCCUCGCGUCAAGCCCACUCCCCCUCCUACACCUGACCACUAUAAUCCUGCCACCGCUACAGUAUCUGCUCCCUGUUCCGCUCCGACAGAAAACAGCUCCAGUGAAGCUCGACCAUCACCACUACCGCCCUCGCCACUAAGCCUAGCACACGCCGUUUCCUCCUCGUCAACCUACAGACCUCCGUCCCCUAUAGACGACAAGAAAAGCAAGCCCUCGCUACCACAAACCCUCACAGAGUUCCUCCCUUCCGGCCGGAAGUCCCUCGCCAUGAUUGGUGCUGUCGUGUUACUGCUAUCCCUCCUCUUCCUGGCAGGAGAAUCGGGGGCCAACCGACAAGAGGCACUCUACCACUCCCAGCAGCAGCAAUCCCCAUCCCACCGUCGCCAGGCAUGUCCGGAUUACCGAGACUACGCAACCCGCCUGCACCCGCCGUACAGCAGGGGGAAGUACCGGUUGCCAUUCCAGCGACCAGUGGAGGGGUGCAGACUCUACAGUUCCCCGGCCGUGGAAUCACUGAUCGGCGAGAUGAAUGCGAGGAUCAAGGAUAAGGACCUGGCUAGGCUUUUCGAGAAUUGCUUCCCGAACACCCUGGACACCACGGUUAGGUGGCAUUUGAACGCCGAUAAGGUUGCCGAUAAGCAGAGUUUUAUCGUGACGGGGGAUAUCAAUGCUCAGUGGUUGAGGGAUAGUACAAAUCAGUUGGCGCAGUAUCAGUUGCUCGCCAGGGAUGAUGAGGCUUUGAGGAAUUUGAUCCUGGGGGCUAUCAAUACGCAGGUAUUUUGUGCCCCCCGAGGGGAAUUGCUUGUUUGGAAAACUGAGGGCUGACUUUUGCCCCGAUAUGAUAGGCGGAUUUCGUGCUAAAGUCUCCUUAUUGCAAUGCUUUUCAACCUCCAAAGGCUAGUGGACUUGCACCGUGAGUGGGUCUUUGGUAGCAGGUGGUCGGAUAGAGUGCUGAUGGGCGCGCUAGAACUUCCAAUGGCCAGGACGAUACUGUUCAUCCGGUUUACGAUAACACUGCGGUGUUUGAAUGCAAAUACGAGAUUGACUCACUCGCUUCCUUCCUUUCUCUCGCAAAUCAAUACUACAAUCAUACUGGCGACCUCUCUUUCGUGGGGGAGAAAUGGCUAUCGGCGGUGGAUAACGUCAUGGAAUUGAUUGAGCAAGAGCAGGUCUCUUCUUUCAGCAACAGUGGCUCGGUACAAAAUCAUGUCUAUACCUUCCAGAGGAAGACCACCCUUGGAACAGAGACUCUGAACCUGGCCGGUGCCGGCAACCCCAUUAACCAUAACACUAGCCUGGUCAGGUCUGCUUUCAGGCCCAGCGACGAUGCCGCAAUUAUGCAAUUCUUCAUUCCUGGAAAUGCUAUGUUGGCCGUGGAGCUCAAGCGAACCGCCGAGAUCCUGAGGAAGGUCAGGCAAACAAAGCUAGCAAAAUUCGUUCAAAAGAAGGGUGAAGAGAUUGAAGCCGGCGUCUGGAAGCACGGUGUCGUUACACACCCGGUUUUCGGAAAAGUCUUUGCGUAUGAAGUCGACGGGUAUGGCUCGCACAUAAUCAUGGAUGACGCAAACCUUCCGUCCCUACUAGCAUUGCCAGUGCUUGGUUUCGUCGACGUCAAGAACCAAACGUACCAGAACACCCGAAAGAUGGUUCUGUCCCGGGAGGGCAAUCCUUACUUUUUGACCGGGGCCGAGUUUAAGGGUAUUGGAGGUCCCCAUAUUGGCAUCACACAUGCCUGGCCGAUCAGUUUGCUGAUCGAAAUUUUGACGACUGACGAUGAUGAUGAAAUCCUGGCUCUUCUUGGGAUGGUGUUGAAGGCAUCGCCACUCGGGCUCGUGCACGAGAGCGUUAAUGUCCAGAGGGUGAAGGAUUAUACAAGUUUGUUGCUCCCAUGCUACAACCUAAUUGCGGCAGAACUGACACGUGACGAUACAGGAAGCUGGUUUGCUUGGGCGAACUCGCUCUUUGCACAGACGAUACUUGACCUAGCUCGCCGUAAGCCCCAGGUAUUAUUCUCCGUGAAUGGAGGGAGAUGA